AGCGCUCAAGAUCAAUGGCGAAACUUAAAUCUUGGUUUAGGUUAUGUCCACUGACACUACUCGCAACCUGUGUGUGUGUGAUCACGAGUAAGGGGUGCCCUAAAAAUUGGAAGGAACAUGGCAAUUCAUGCUAUCUUUUUGUAAAUCCUACUUUAAAAAUUCGGUUAAUGAGCUGGCAGGAUUCCAAAGCUAACUGUUUAGGUUAUGGAGCUGACCUAGUUUCUAUUCAUGAUUCAUCGGAAGUUAAUUUUAUUAAUCAAGAAACAAGUAAACUAAGCACCUUCUGGUUCUGGAUUGGGUUAUAUCGUAACAAAACGACGAAUGAUGCAAAGGUUGGCUGGAUCUGGAGUGAUGGAAGUAAUUUAACAAAUCCUCAGUGGGCGCGUGGCGAACCGAAUAAUUAUCGGGGUAAUGAAAAGUGUGGAGAAAUUCAUACAAAAAGGAAGCUUUGGAAUGACAAUGAUUGUUCUAAACAGUUCGCGUCAAUAUGCAAAAGAAAAAAAGGUCUUCUUGAUCUAACCACCCCUACUGCUGGAACUCUUCCUCCCACAAAAUUGAUUUCGAGUAAGGGGUGCCCUAAAAAUUGGAAGGAACAUGGCAAUUCAUGCUAUCUUUUUGUAAAUCCUACUUUAAAAAUUCGGUUGAACUGGGAGGAUUCCAAAGCUAACUGUUUAGGUUAUGGAGCUGACCUAGUUUCUAUUCAUGAUUCAUCGGAAGUUAAUUUUAUUAAUCAAGAAACAAGUAAACUAAGCACCUUCUGGUUCUGGAUUGGGUUAUAUCGUAACAAAACGACGAAUGAUGCAAAGGUUGGCUGGAUCUGGAGUGAUGGAAGUAAUUUAACAAAUCCUCGGUGGGCGCGUGGCGAACCGAAUAAUUAUCGGGGUAAUGAAAAGUGUGGAGAAAUUCAUACAAAAAGGAAGCUUUGGAAUGACAAUGAUUGUUCUAAACAGUUCGCGUCAAUAUGCAAAAGAAAAAAAGGUCUUCCUGAUCUAACCACCCCUACUGCUGGAACUCUUCCUCCCACAAAAUUGAUCACGAGUAAGGGGUGCCCUAAAAAUUGGAAGGAACAUGGCAAUUCAUGCUAUCUUUUUGUAAAUCCUACUUUAAAAAUUCGGUUAAUGAGCUGGCAGGAUUCCAAAGCUAACUGUUUAGGUUAUGGAGCUGACCUAGUUUCUAUUCAUGAUUCAUCGGAAGUUAAUUUUAUUAAUCAAGAAACAAGUAAACUAAGCACCUUCUGGUUCUGGAUUGGGUUAUAUCGUAACAAAACGACGAAUGAUGCAAAGGUUGGCUGGAUCUGGAGUGAUGGAAGUAAUUUAACAAAUCCUCAGUGGGCGCGUGGCGAACCGAAUAAUUAUCGGGGUAAUGAAAAGUGUGGAGAAAUUCAUACAAAAAGGAAGCUUUGGAAUGACAAUGAUUGUUCUAAACAGUUCGCGUCAAUAUGCAAAAGAAAAAAAGGUCUUCCUGAUCUAACCACCCCUACUGCUGGAACUCUUCCUCCCACAAAAUUGAUCACGAGUAAGGGGUGCCCUAAAAAUUGGAAGGAACAUGGCAAUUCAUGCUAUCUUUUUGUAAAUCCUACUUUAAAAAUUCGGUUAAUGAGCUGGCAGGAUUCCAAAGCUAACUGUUUAGGUUAUGGAGCUGACCUAGUUUCUAUUCAUGAUUCAUCGGAAGUUAAUUUUAUUAAUCAAGAAACAAGUAAACUAAGCACCUUCUGGUUCUGGAUUGGGUUAUAUCGUAACAAAACGACGAAUGAUGCAAAGGUUGGCUGGAUCUGGAGUGAUGGAAGUAAUUUAACAAAUCCUCAGUGGGCGCGUGGCGAACCGAAUAAUUAUCGGGGUAAUGAAAAGUGUGGAGAAAUUCAUACAAAAAGGAAGCUUUGGAAUGACAAUGAUUGUUCUAAACAGUUCGCGUCAAUAUGCAAAAGAAAAAAAGGUCUUCCUGAUCUAACCACCCCUACUGCUGGAACUCUUCCUCCCACAAAAUUGAUCACGAGUAAGGGGUGCCCUAAAAAUUGGAAGGAACAUGGCAAUUCAUGCUAUCUUUUUGUAAAUCCUACUUUAAAAAUUCGGUUAAUGAGCUGGCAGGAUUCCAAAGCUAACUGUUUAGGUUAUGGAGCUGACCUAGUUUCUAUUCAUGAUUCAUCGGAAGUUAAUUUUAUUAAUCAAGAAACAAGUAAACUAAGCACCUUCUGGUUCUGGAUUGGGUUAUAUCGUAACAAAACGACGAAUGAUGCAAAGGUUGGCUGGAUCUGGAGUGAUGGAAGUAAUUUAACAAAUCCUCAGUGGGCGCGUGGCGAACCGAAUAAUUAUCGGGGUAAUGAAAAGUGUGGAGAAAUUCAUACAAAAAGGAAGCUUUGGAAUGACAAUGAUUGUUCUAAACAGUUCGCGUCAAUAUGCAAAAGAAAAAAAGGUCUUCCUGAUCUAACCACCCCUACUGCUGGAACUCUUCCUCCCACAAAAUUGAUCACGAGUAAGGGGUGCCCUAAAAAUUGGAAGGAACAUGGCAAUUCAUGCUAUCUUUUUGUAAAUCCUACUUAA